UCUGUGAUUGGCUGUGAUCGUGAUCCCAUGUUUUGCUCCGCCCCGACUCUCCUGCCUCCCUAACAACCACAACCGGCCCGACCGUCUACAAGAUCCCUUUUCCGGACAGCUUUAACGGGCAGAAUCAGCGACUUGGUACCCAGGAACCACAGCCGACACACGGUUUACGCCUCUGGAGUCAGCUGGAGUCCUGCAGCAGAAACACGGGGCCCUCAGCUCAGGAGUUGGCCCAUUUUGGAGCAGUGAGUGCCUCCACAGUCUCUCAGUAAUCCUUUAAGGAGCAUUAGCGGGCUAAGUUUGGCGCUGCGACCGCUGGCCAACACGGGCCCUCACCAGCCGCCGUCAUGCAGAUACCUGACUCCUACAACCAGAAGAACUCACUCUUCAACGCCAUGAACCGCUUCAUUGGCGCCGUCAACAACAUGGACCAGACAGUGAUGUUGCCCAGCCUGCUGCGGGACGUCCCGCUGGAUGACAGGGAUGACCUGAAGCCGACAGAGAACGGGGAUGGUGGGGAUGACGGUGGUGGCACAGGUAGCACCGACAGCGCCUACUUCCAGCCUGAUGCUGACAUGUACAGCUCAUACAUCCUGCUUAAAUCCAUCCGCAAUGACAUCGAGUGGGGCGUCGUGCAAGGCGAGGAGUUGCGAAAGGAGAAGGCGGGUGUGGCCAGCGUGGUGGUGGCAGAGGAGGAUGACCUGGAGAAGCAGUUUCACUUCCACCUGAAUGGACUCCACGUGGUUCUGUCGAAACUGACGCAUAAAGCUAACACACUGACGAAUCGCUACAAGGAGGAGAUCGGCUGCGGGAACUGAGCGCUGAAUGUUCUGACGGUUGGCGCUCUAUGGGUUUUAGCUCAGUAACUACAAGCGAAGGAAGGAGCAUGUGCAGACGCCAGAAUUCACUUAAAAGCUUUUUCACAGCCUACAGUGGUGGAUAUCAUUGUGUUAAAUUAACUAGCCAGUCCCAAAAACGGUGAAUAAAAAUAUCUGCAGAUUGAUUGUGAUUGUGUGACUGGAACAAUUUGGGAAUUUUUUUGUCAAAUACUGAGAACUACAAUUUUAAUAACAGUUAUUCAGUCAACUGAGUCCUUGUGAGGGUCGUUAAAUCAUCUUAAAUGCCAUUUUUUUGUAUUCACUGGCAGCUUUUUGGAUCUCAUUUUGGCACACGCACUUUAAAAUUCUGAAUUAAGUCUGGAUCUGUGCUACUAAACAGUAAGUCAGUACGGUAAUGAAUUUGUAGAGUUUUUGCUUGAAACCCUCCAAAAUAAACCAAUAGUAAAACAUUUUAAUUCAUCAGCUGCUCGCUGGUGGUGAAUGCUGGAGUUCAAUCACAUGGAAUGUGAUUACAGAAAGUAGCUUUAGUAGUAAAUUCAGCUUUAAAUAUUGUAAACUUAAGACCUUAAGACUUAAGUUUGAUUAUCAACUCUUAAAUAUAUCAAAUUAAUAAGUUUAAGAGAUAGAUGAUGGGUAUGCAGGAGAAGGACAAAGAAUCUAAAAUUGAUUAAUUUUGAAUAUUUGGUUGGUUGACCUUUCAUCAGGAGAAAUCUGUUACACUUCUAAACUACUGUAAACAAACAUAACCUUAAAAAACCCCUAAUCUAAACAAUUUUAAAUGAAAUAGGAUCCUGGUAUAAUCCCUGUGGAAUACCAUUGAGCCAAAAAUCUGUCUCUGAUUCCAAUAACUCUUUCUUUGGCAUACUUUAAACACCUGAAUCCACUGUUUGUCUUCUGGAUAUGACAUCUUGUUAAGAUUCGGCAGAUUAGAGUGUCUCUGCUCUGAGCUCCCUACAGCAGUUUGUAGUUAAAGAGCUAAAACAUAUUCUUCAUGGACUUCCCUUUUUUUUUUCCUUGAAGACUUCGUCUAGGUGGUGGGCUGCUUGCAUUCUAUUUUCAGGGUUGACGUCUGUCCGUUUAAAACAAAAAAAAACCAAACAAACAAAAAAUCUCCUGACAUCCUUCAUUUCAUGCUGCAAAUUCCAAACUAUGCAAACACACGAGAGCACAAAAGAAGCUGGCUUGACAUUUCUGUACAGCUUUAGACGCACAAAAAGGAGAAAAUAUGAAUCCUUAAAUUUCCCAAUAGUAAUAAUAACCCAGUUCUCAUGGUGCAUGAUCGUUCAUAACCUGUUAACAUCUCCUGACAAUCGAUUGUAACCAGACCACAAAUUCCCAGUUCUUUGGUUUAACUUAAAUGUGGAAGUUCUGAUAUUUUAAAGAUGCCACAGUUUGUCCAUUUAUUAAAGGACUAAAGCACCUUAUUUUUAAAAUUUUAAGGAGUUUGGCAGAAACCCAUAGUUUUUGUCUGGUUUCAGCUGAAUAAAAGAGAAGGUGUAAUGAAUGGUUAUUGGCUGAUUUUUGAACUGAACUUAAAGAAGUGAAUGUUUUGUUCGUUGUCUCAAAGCUUUAUGUUAAUGAAUUGAACACUGUGCUUGAUGGUCGAUGACACGUGAAGGCGUUCUGGAAUCUGUGUGUGUAUGUGUGUGUGAAGAAUGCUGGGUGUACAUAUACUGAUGUUUAUUGGUUUUUCUAUUUCUGUCCAGUUUGACCAUUAAAAGAUUUUGGUGUGUA